AUGGCUCUGCUGAAGGUUCUGCUGCUGCUGCUGGGGCUGGGUGUUUCAAUGAACUCACAUGUUUCUCUGCACAAGAGAAUCAUUGGAGGUCAAAACUGUGAUGACGAAGAGCGUCUUUAUCAUGUUCGGCUGCAAAGCAACAAUGGUACUCAGGAGAUCCCUUGUGGAGGAUCUCUGAUCCACCCUGAGUGGAUCCUGACUGCAGCUCACUGCUGGAACUCUGGCAGGACUACCAUAGCAACUUUAGGAGUUCAUCCACGGACUGCUAUACAGGAGAAACAGAUAAUCCAACACAAUCCAGUUAUUUAUGUUGACCAAUCGCAUCAGCAGCAUGACAUCAUGUUGCUGAAGCUUCAGAGACCAGUAAGAAAUAUCCAUCCUGUUCGGCUACCAAGAUGCAAUAAUCGUAUUACGAUUGGUGCUACAGUUCAGCUGGCAGGAGAAGGAUCAACGAUAACCGGCCCCAAUAAUUUACGCUUACAAAGUGCUCCUCUUCCACCACAUCUUCAGUGUGUCGACAUGAAAGUUAGUGGUUUUGUCUUUAAGAAAACAUAUGGGCAUGUAUUCUUUGCUGAAGCACUGAACAAGGAUGUGAAUCUUGGUGACUCUGGUGGAGGAGUGGUGUUCAACAAGAAGAUUUAUGGUGUGAUUGCUGGCAGUGGAAAAGACUAUGCAUUCCAGAAUCCAGUUAUUAGCAUGGUUGUGUGUGAAUACAUGGAGUGGAUAAGCAAAACAAUUGGGCUUAAAUAA